GUGCAGAGCAGGGGAAUGGGGAAGUGGGUGUGGAAAAGACUCGCAGAUCGGGGAGGAAUAUGCAGUCCUUGCCUAGAUCCACCCCUGUCACAUAUACCCAGAGCUCCCAGCAUCCAGGGGCACACACACCAUCUGAGAACCCAGUCUGUACCCAGUGUGGACGCCGGCGCCAAGAACAAGAUGAGUGCAGUCCCGGAACAGGUGCACCUGAGCAGGUCGCAGAUAUGUGGUAUAAUGCGGGAGGAACUCUACAGCGAGGAGGACUUCCAGCAGAGCCAGACGCACAUAUUCAUCGUAGUUGGCGCUUCGGGAGAUUUGGCAAAGAAGAAGAUCUAUCCCACCUUAUGGUGGCUGUAUAAUGAUGGUCUCCUCCCUGAAGACACCUACAUAGUUGGUUUUUCUCGUUCAAAACUGAAUGUACAGGACAUCCGAAAACAGAGCGAACCUUACCUCAAGGUCUCUCCGAAUGAUGCUGAGAAGCUGAACGCCUUCUUUGCGAGGAACUCCUACGUGUCUGGACAGUACUCCGACGAGGCUUCUUUUAAAGCCCUGAAUAAGCACUUGCAGGCCUUACCAAAUGGGUUAAAGGCCAACCGCCUCUUCUAUUUGGCAGUCCCACCAAGCGUGUACCACGAUGUGACCCGGAACAUCAGAGUGACCUGCAUGAGCGCAGUUGGUUGGAAUCGAGUGAUUGUAGAAAAGCCAUUCGGGAAGGAUCUGGAAAGUUCAAACAAGCUCUCUGACCACAUCUCCUCACUCUACCAAGAGAAUCAGAUUUACCGUAUUGACCACUAUUUGGGCAAAGAGAUGGUCCAGAACUUCAUGGUGCUCAGAUUUGGCAACCGGAUAUUUGGUCCUCUGUGGAACCGCGAUCACAUUGCUUCCGUGGUCCUCACAUUUAAAGAACCCUUCGGGACCCAGGGACGUGGAGGAUACUUUGAUGAGUUUGGGAUAAUCAGAGAUGUCAUGCAGAACCACUUGCUGCAGAUGCUGUGCUUGGUGGCCAUGGAGAAACCAGUUUCUACUAAUUCCGAUGAUGUGCGGGAUGAGAAGGUGAAGGUGCUGAAGUGCGUGCCCGAGUUGACCCUUGACAAUUUUGUUAUAGGACAGUAUGUGGGUAAUCCUGAGGGAAAAGGAGAGGAACAGAAGGGUUACUUGGAUGACCCGACUGUACCUAAAGGUUCCAACACCCCAACAUUUGCCACUGCUGUCCUUUAUGUGCAGAACGAGAGAUGGGACGGUGUUCCCUUCAUCAUGCGCUGUGGAAAGGCGCUGAACGAGAGGAAAGCGGAGGUCCGGCUGCAGUUCCGAGAAGUUCCAGGUGACAUCUUCCAAGGACAGUGCAAGAGGAACGAGCUGGUGAUAAGAGUACAACCAAACGAAGCCGUUUAUACAAAGAUGAUGACCAAGAAACCGGGAAUGUACUUCCACCCUGAGGAAUCAGAGUUGGACUUGACAUACGGUAACCGAUACAAGGAUGUGAAGUUGCCAGAUGCCUAUGAGCGGCUGAUUCUAGAUGUGUUCUGCGGGAGUCAGAUGCACUUUGUGCGCAGCGAUGAGUUGAAGGAAGCUUGGAGAAUCUUCACUCCUAUCCUGCAUCAACUGGAGAGAGAGAAGAUCAAACCUCUGCCCUACAAAUAUGGCAGCCGGGGUCCUCCAGAAAGUGACGAGUUCACCCAGAAACUUGGUUUCCGAUAUGAAGGAACGUAUAAAUGGGUGAAUCCUAACAAGCUGUGAAGUCCUGGUAGAAUGGCGUGCCAGCGGACUUCGAAGAACAACAGACGGCGACCAUGGAAUUCUUGAGGACCAAAGCACAACUUCCUUCAGUGCUGACUUUCUGUACCAUGUGACUGCAUAGUCUUAACACAUUUAAAGGGGGAUUCCACUUUUGGCAGUCAAGGCUUAUCAGCCCUGACCGGUAGGGAUGCCAGGUGUCAGAAUAUCACCGAUCUGAUAUUGGUGACCUACAGUACUGUGCAAGCGAUUUAGGCAGGACAAAUGCUGCAAACUACAGGUGCUUUCCAGAAAAAGAAGUGUUAAUAGCGAAUGAACAAAAGUGAAAUCUAAAUCCGAUCACUAUUAAG